GAUGGUUUGGUGUGGGAAGAGCAGCCCCUUCCCUGCCACCACGGAUGGUUUGGUGUGGGAAGAGCAGCCCCUUCCCUGCCACCACGGAUGCUGUUGUUGGCCCUCGAGGGUGUGGAGAUGUGGGAGAGGCUGUGGGAGCAGCACCAAGGGGUUAACAGGUCCCCCGGGGGGAGCCUGGAGGGACUCACACCCUCUGCCCAAUCCCGGGAAUCCCUCUGUGCUAAUUGAGCACUAAGCAGAUCAAAGGCUCCAAUCAGGGAAUCAACACCCCCCUGGCCUCAGCUCCGGGUCCCCAGCCCGGGCUGCCCUUUGUCUGGAGAAGGAGAGCAGGGCAGGGGCAAUGUGGCUUCUCCCCAGCCUGGCCUGGGCUCUCCUGAGCCCCGUCCUGGGCUCGGAGCUGAACGUGCAGGAGAGUUUGUUGUUGAAAUCCUUGGGCCUGAGCACCAAGCCCAGCCCGAAAACCCCCGUCCCGGUGCCUCCCGUGCUCUGGAGGAUCUUCCAGAAGAGAAAGACGCCUCCCUCGACGGACAAAGACCCCCUGGAUGCCUGUAGGGUGGAGGAAUUUAAUGUCCCCGGGAACAUCAUCCGAGUCCUCACUGACCAAGGCCCCUUCAUGCCCGAGGAGCAGCCCCAGGGGUGGCUGUGCCUGCGGAAGCGCCUGUUCUUCAACCUCUCCGUGCUGGAGGAGGGCGAGCGCUUGACCAUGGCCCAGCUGGAGAUCAAAUUCCACCACAAUUCCUACCACCCCUCCCGCCAGGGGCAGGUCUUUGAGCUGAGGCUCUUCCAGACCCCCGAGGUGUCCCCCCCGGGGGUCCCCGAGCCCAGGCGGAGCCCGCUGGUGGAACAGUCCUUUGCUCAGCUGCACAAGUCCCUCCUCUUCAACCUGAGCGCGGCGGCGGCGAGGGAGCGGAGGACUCGCGGCGGGAGCUUGGGAUUGAUCCUGGAGAUCUCGGCGGGCAUCACCGGGGCGGGCGGGGCCCCGCGGGGCCUCUGCUCCGGCAUCGACUCCUUCCUGGACACCUCCCUGCUGGUGGUGACCCUGAGCCAGCAGUGCCAGGCCCCCCGGAGGAGGAGGAGGAGGAGGAGGAAUGCCGGGCUCCCCCCGCUCACCCCGAGCAACCUGUGCAGGGCGCGGCGGCUCCACAUCAGCUUCAGCGACGUGGGCUGGGAGAACUGGAUCAUCGCCCCCCAGGGCUACCUGGCCAACUACUGCCGGGGGGAGUGCCCCUUCCCCCUGACGGCCGAGCUCAACAGCACCAACCACGCCGUCCUGCAGACCAUGGUGCACUCGCUGGACCCCCAGGGCACCCCCCAGCCCUGCUGCGUCCCCGUCAGGCUCUCCCCCAUCUCCAUCCUCUACUACGACAACAGCGACAACGUGGUGCUGCGGCACUACGAGGACAUGGUGGUGGACGAGUGUGGCUGCAGGUAGAGGGGGAGCAGGGGGUGGCUGCUGGGUGGAACAAACCCCGAGUGGUUCCAUCCCCUCCGUGCCGGUGUCCGGGGAGUUUCCCGUGGGUGCGUCGGGGGUCGGAGAGCUCUGGGGUGGCACGAAGGGAUGGUGGCUGGAGUGAGUUGUGGUUUAGGGCUGAAGUUGUGAUUUAGGGUUGAAGUUGUGUUUUUUAGGGCUGGAGUUGUGAUUUAGGGCUGGACUUGUGGUUUAGGGCUGGACUUGUGGUUUAGGGCUGGACUUGUGGUUUAGGGCUGGACUUGUGAUUUAGGGCUGGACUUGUGGUUUAGGACUACCUGGGUGUUGGGCUGGGAUUAUGAUCAAACCUGGUGCUGGUUUUCCAUUCCCUGCUCCACAGGGGGUGGCAGCACCAGGCUGUGAGUCCCAGACCCCCCCUGAGCUGUUGGUGCUUUGGGUUCCUUGGCUCGGCACCUUUCUCGGGGCAUAAACGGCUUUGGGAGGUGAAAUGGGGCUGGGGGGGUCCCCGGGCGUGGCCGUGAGGGGAGGAGGUGACUGGUGCUGCUGCAGGACAGGGGGAUGGUGGGAGGGCACGAGCUCUGGGUGACCAAAUCCCACCCCCGGGGGGGAGGCAGAGCCCGGGGUGGGACACACGAGUUUUUCUCCCUGGCUGGGGGAGCUCAGCCCUGAGCUGGUUUUAUGGUGACAGGGUGGCUUGGGGGGCCAGAGGUGGUGGGUGGCCAAGUGCAACGGAGAUUUUGCCCCAAAAAAACCCUCCGGGAGCUGCAGGAUGGAUGUUGUGGCCCGGGGGGGGGGCAUGGGCAAGGGGUCGGUGGCAUCUUCUCCCCUCCCAACCCGCUGUGUCAGUAUUAAUUUACCUCAUUUGCAAAUGGAUGAGCCCGGGGUGGCCUCUGUCCCCGUGUGUCCCUCUGUCCCCGUGUGUCCCUCUGUCCCCGGGUGUCCCUCUGUCCCUGUGUCCCCCCCAGGUGGCAGCCGAGCACCAGGCACGGGCAGAGCUCUCAGGCCCUUGUGCGUUUUAGGGUUAUUUUGGGUUUAUUUGUUGCUUUCUGGGUGGGCCCCGGGCCCCUGCACUGGUAUUUAACGCCUCUAACGAGCAGCCCCGGGCAGCAGGGACCCAAAUCUGCCCCGUCCCCCCCUCGUUGAUCACUUUUCUUCCACUUCCCAGCGCGUGGGCUCCGAGUUUUCCAGCAGCUCGAGGUUUAAAUCCUGGGCCUGGCUCCUGAGUAUCUGUUCAAAGCCACCCCCAGCCCUUCAGGUGGGGCUUUCCUGACACCACUUUUGGGGUUCAUUUUUUUUUUUUUUUUAAUUUUAGGGUAAGGGGUGGGAACAGAACAGGAAUCUGAGUUAGACUUGAAUUUUUUUGCUCUUUUUUUUUUUUUUUUUUGGAACUGUGAACCUGCCCCCGUGGCCUCUGUUUAUUUUCUCUGCUGUUUUCGUCUUCGAGGUCUGAUGAAGUUUUACCACCUCCUUCCCACCCCCUCCCGUGGCAAGCACUGAGGGUUUAACCACUGUGGGGGUCCCCUGUGAUGGUGUUUUUUUUGCUUAACAACACCCCCUAAAAUGUGUAGCUGAAGACCAAGACCGGAGCAGCUCGGGUACUUUUAGGUGUAGCUUUUACUAAGCUUUUCCCACCCAGGUGUUUUCCUCAGAGCUCCAGGGCAAGCCCAGCCCAGCCCUGCUCAAACCCACCUCAACCACUGAAGAUGUUCUAAGGGCUUAGAGUGGGGUUAACUCUGGGGAGUUAAAUCCCAGAUUUAAGAUCAAGAGUGAAAAAAAAACACAAAAAAACCAACCUCGAAGUAUUAAUUAUUUUGUUCCUGUGCUGGGGCCAGGAGGGGACUCCUGACCUGCUCCUCCAACACCACGAAGGGCAAAUGUCCCCCUCCUGCAGCCAGGGAGCCACUGGAGCCACCCUGGAGCAGCUACAAGGAGUUUAUGCCCGGGGUGGUGCCCAGACCUGGCCUAAACCCCCCCAGGAGCAGCUCUGCUGAGCCCCCAGCCCUGUGCCACAGGGAAAAGCCAUGUCCAUGUUUACUGCAGUGCUGGACUGGGCCCCUCCAGGUCCAGCCUUUCCCAAAUCCUGGGGGCUCCCACCCUGCACCCCCCCCCCCCCCCCCGGGGCCGGCGCAGGGAAGAGGGGUUGGGGGAUUUCCCCGUUUUCCCCGUUAAGUGGGUAACUCCCCCUCCCCCCCCCCUGCUUUGCCCCCCCCCCCCACCACCACUUUUGUACUAGUCUGUGUUUAAAAAAAGUAAUAAACUUGAAGUUUAUACAAUCA